AUGGACAUGGAUCAAAUAAUCGACGCUCAGCAUGAGCUCUACCUACGCAUACUGCGUAGCGUGGAGAACUUGAAGAAAAUCGGGGCGAGCAAAUUGAACGCCCACACUGUCCAGGCUGCAAUCCGCGUCCUGGACGAUAAAUGGGCCAAAUUCACGGAGCAACAUGAAGAGCUCCGCGCCCACUUCUGGAAGAAGAUCAAGCGGGAGAAGUACACCACCGAGGACCUCCUCAGCAAGGUUGAGACGGCGUAUUAUGGGCAGCGCUCCGAACUCGCCGGACUAGAGGAGCAGUUCACCGAACCUGCGGGGCUCGCCCUCGGCGAGCGGGUCCGAGAGACGGCUCCGUCCCGCCGAACCUUACCGCGGAUCAAUCUACCGCAGUUUAGCGGCAAGUUCGAGGACUGGCCAGCCUACCGAGAUCUGUUCAGCUCCAUGGUCCUAGGAGACGCGUCCUUGACAAAGAUUGAACAGCUGCAUUACCUGAAAACCAGCGUAAAGGGUGAUGCUGAACAGCUGAUUCGCAACCUGCCUUCUACUGAAGAAAACUUGGAGGACGCGUGGGAAUUAUUGACUACCCUUCACUUCGCUGCCGCGAUUGAAGGCCCCGUCAGCCGAUGGACUACGCCGACUAUUCCACGGCGUAUUCACGACAGUCGGUGCACUGAAGGGCAUCGGGCGCCCGAUCUCCGACUGCACAGAUCUAUUCGUCCACCUGGUCGUCGAGCUACUGGACGCUGA